AUGGGUAAAAUUCGUCGACAUAAGAAGACCCCCACGGUGGCCACCAGUGCCCCUUAUGAGGGUAGGUCACCACUUGUGGAGCAGACUGAGAUGGAGAUAGAGAGCCAAGUACCCCAAAGUGGUGAUGAUGUGGUAUCGCAUUUACUUGAUCGAAAGACCAGCGACGUAACAGUGAUAGGGUUGGCCAACUUCCUAUCAACCCCUACUAAGAGGGGGCAUCAUCUACUAGCAUCGACUAACUUACUAGUGCUCAUGUUGCCGAGAUUAGGCGUGGACGAGAGCCGGUCCCAGCCAGCUGCAGUGAGGCAAGCGGUACUGAGUGUGUACACCUCUGCAGUGUCAUGGGCUCAGGAGAAGCUACUUAGGAAUCUCAUAAAGGAGCAUGGCCUUAUCGAUACGGUCAUGACGACGCUGAGGGAGGAUAUGCGUAUGUUGUCGGACUCGACAAUGGCCCCUGUGAAAAAUAAGAAGAAGUCCUCUCAGCGGCAGGUCGAGCACGAUGCUCGCAUUGAGAUCAUCGAGGCUGAAUGGGAGCUCUUAGGGGGUCUGGUUCGGCUCUGUGCCCCUCCACACCAACCUGUGUUGCCGCCUGAUGUCAUCGAUUUAGCCUUACAGACUGCUAUGGCUAAGGAUUGUGAUGCUGCGGUGAGAGUGGCUGCUAGUAGUAUGCUAUCAAGAGUCGCUACGGAGGAGAUGUGCUCAGAUUGCUGCCUGGCCCCAAUGACUCAUCGUAUCGCGGAUAUAGAGCGUACCAUACAGGAUGCAGAAGACCCCCUAUUGGCAGCUGAACUGACGUCGGCACUCUGUCGUGGAUACCACAUGGAGUUGUUCGCGCCUGAGACGGGAGGAGAGGAGAGGGCAGAAAGAGUUGUUGAGGAAAUACAUCGUUUGGUGAGCUCGACCGGCUGUCAUCUUGUAGACAGUUUUGCUCAUGUCGUGGAUACGGUGGCCUCGAUACAACCGACACCAGUCAAAGGGGCUGCUGCGGAUUCCUCUCCAUCACCAGCAGAGCCGGCUAAGCAGAGAGGAGCGCAGAGUGUACUGGAUGCAUGGAGGAGGAAUGCUAGACUCUCGACACUUUCAUUCAUAGUCUCAGCAGUAGUAGAGAAUGGACGGUCCUCUAGUGAUAAUGCGCCCAUGUCGGAGAGUGGUAUGUCCUCGUCGUCCUCGCUACCGGCACCCUUCAUGUUCACCGGCCGAGCGGAAGCCUAUAGUAGCGUCUUGAAAGCCGCCAUGGGCUGUUUAGCUGAGGCUCUGGAUGAGGCAUUGGUAGCUCGAGUGCGCAGUGAGAUGCCAGUGGAGAUGUUCUCGGACCUGGCCUCGUUGUGGUCACUACAUGCCAACGCUCUUGAGAGCUGUAGGGAGAUCAUCAUAGUGGAGAAUGCGGUAGAUGAGGCUGGGGUCUCCUGCCUGGCCCAGCACUGCUCGUCGAGUCUGGAUAGUGCUAUGCCGUUGUUCUCCAAACUUGACUGGGGUCGAGAGCGGGCUUAUGGCUCAGCUAUUGGAGAGCUCCUGCAGGCUCUUUAUCAGGCGCUGUUGUUUGCAAGUAUGAGGGGAUGCUACUCGUCAUCUACGGGUGAGGACUCGACGGAGUUGGUGAGGAGGUCGGUUCAUAUGACUGCGUUAAUGCCACCCUUAUCGGAAGAUAUGGUACAAGCUCAGGUUGCCUGUAUUACAUGGCUGGCUCGUUGUCAUGCUCAUGUUGUGGAUGUAUGUGAGGGCCUACUGGAGCUCGUUAGAAUCCAUGCUGGGGAGAAGGGUGCAUUCUCGCGUCGUGUUCUGGUGGCUGCCUUUGAGGCUAUAUUCGAAGUCUUUGGAGCUGACGACAACCCUGUGGCUGACCAGGUCCUCCGAGGGCGUAGUGAUCCGGGAUGGCAGGAGCUGCUCGAGGCUGGUGUACGAAGGUUGAAGAGGGAAGCAAAAAACUGUGAUGAAGAGGAUGUUGAGGGCGCUGCUAUCAAUGGCGAGGCCUUUAUAGAGUAUAAGAGAGGGGAGCUCUGCCGUAGUUGA